AUGAGGACCCGAAUCGUGUCGGCGACUGCAAUCCUUCCCCUCUUCCAUAACCUUGGUAGGAGAAGAUUUGCAGAGCGCAAACGGGUUGGUUUGAUCUUGGCCCUUUUCUCGACGCCUCUAAGUAACUGUAACGGUCGUCGACGGGCCGUAUCCGCGUUCCUCUCUCCGACCAACACAUUAUCGUCGACCAAAACGCCAUCUAAAUCCUUUCUUUACUAUUCUACAAAGAGUCGGACUUCCAGAUCGGUCACUGAAUUGCUACGAUUACGUGCGUCGUCACUGUGUUUGCGAUCCCCAAAGUCCACGAGGACUCUUAGUGUCAUGUCUUUGGGUGCCGUAUCGACCGAGUCGUCGGAACGACUCGUCACUACCGUAACGGAUCACGCCCGCACCAUGGCCGACGCGGCGAUUCAUUCCGUCGACCCCGUUACGGCUGUGCGCGAUCACGUCCGAAAAUUGGUGGAUCUAUCAUCUACCGCUGCUGCCAACCACACAUCCAAACCCGGUACGAAAGCUACACUCUUGCACAUUGGGAUCGACCCACACAACAUGGUAAACCUCUCUCUGUCGGACUACGAUCAUAUCCUCGUUGUAGCCUUUGGAAAGGCGUCCUCUGCCAUGGCUACUGCCUUGUUGGAACGUCUUACCGAGGGCCAACCAGCGACAAACCAAUUGCCCUCGAUCUCCGGCCUCGUGAUUGUCAAGGACGGGCACGCCACACCACAACAACUCGAGAUACUGCAACAAUCACGGUACAACAUUUCAGUCCGAGAAGCCUCCCAUCCCGUUCCGGACCAACGGGGUGUGGACGCUUCUCGCAAAUUGCUCGACCUGGUACACACAUAUGCUUCACCACGAACCCUGGUAUUCGCACUCUUGAGUGGCGGUGGGUCGGCCUUAUUUUGUGCCCCGCACGAAUCGCUCACUCUGCUGGAUUUGCAGCAAACAAACCAGGCUUUGUUGCAGUCCGGUUGGUCCAUUACCGACAUGAACGUGGUACGCAAACGUCUCGAAACGGGCAAGGGUGGACGCCUCGCGGCGGCGGCCCAUCCCGGAACCGUGGUAAGUCUAAUAUUGUCCGACGUAUUGGGCGAUCCACUCGACCUCAUCGCCAGCGGUCCCACCGUACCGGACACCAGUACCUGGUCCGAUGCUUGGGCCUUGGCUGAAACGCUCCCCGAAAAGGCCUUGCCCGAUGCUGUGCGACGAUUGAUGCGUGCGGGGGUCGACGGGCACUUGCCGGAUUCACCCUCCCCGUCACACGGCGUUUUUGCCCGAGCCGUGACGUGUCUCGUGGGCAAUAACGCCAAGGCCGUAACGGCAGCUGCCACUACCGCGCAACGCCUUGGAUAUCACCCCGUAAUUCUGGGGACGCGAACGGAAGGUGAGGCCCGGCAGGUUGCACGAUGGCUAGUACAGCUCGCCCAACACUUGGCUCUACCCGAAACGCCAUCCAAACAAUUUUCCUUGGCCUCAUUGCCAGCGGCGUUGAUUUGCGGCGGCGAAACGACCGUCACUUUGCCCGAACAGAGUCAAAAGCAUGGGAAGGGAGGUCGCAAUCAAGAAUUGGCUCUAGCCGCCGCUUUGGAACUACAACGCGUGGGUUUGAACAGUAAAAACGAUGUUGUAGUCGUGGUUGCCAGUGUGGGAACGGACGGAACGGAUGGUCCCACGGAUGCAGCCGGUGCCAUUGUGGAUGGCCACACAGUGGACAGAUUGCCUGGCGACGCAUUGCUCGCUUUAGAAACGCACAAUGCGUAUCCGUAUUUGGCGCAAACGGAUGCAAAUGGCCGGUCCCCUUUACUUAAGACCGGCCCGACGGGAACCAAUGUGGCUGACGUUUAUCUUGUUCUGAUUCAGAAAAGUCGCCUGAAGUGACAUACGCGAUUCUCAUUGAUGCAUCCUUUCUGCGCAUAACAUAAACGAAGAUCACGAAGCUUCGUUUGUACAUUCUGUUUCUUUCUUGGCUUCCAUGGAUUGUAAUUUGCUCUGAAUACCGUCAAUCUCAACCUUGGCGACCAAAGCAUUGAUGUUGUCACCCCUACACCGCCACAUCGAAAGGCACAUUUUGCGAUGAUACUGAUCAUCAUAUCCCUCCAAUACUACAACGAACGAUCCGACAGCAAUCGGUCGGAUAGCGCUGCUGAAUUCGUCCGAAAAGAUAGCCAAGGAAGUGGGAUCCGUCUGCAAGCAGUUCACAAAAUCGUCCUUACUAGCAAUGAAUUUGCGAGCCGACAUGUGCGGGGCAAUAAAGUGUACUCCUUCUUGCGCAACUCGAUAUUUGCAGUCGCAUUCUUUAUUGUUCCGGACAAAAGCUUUGAGACCGGAAUUAAUCAUGGUCACACGGUCCUGAAUACCCAGAUCAAUCAACGCGCGAACUUGAGCCCCAAUGUAGUAAAUGACCUUGGCGUCACCUCCUGCUCGAGUCAUGAAUUGGUCGCGGCAGAACUCGGGACCCGUCAAGCCGUAAUACUCAACAAUUGGAUCUAAAACGCCACCCUCUACGGGCACG